AUGUCCCUCGACCCACGCGACUCCCGUCGACGAGGCCGCUCCAAGUCUCCCGGUCCGCGCGACCGUUCGCAUUCCAUAGUCCGCGCGAUGUCUCCUCCGUCUGCCGUGUCGGCCUAUGAGUAUGAGGAGCGCCGUGAGAGGAGGGAUCCUGCCCAGAUUGUUACUGCGGAACCGAGGUAUGGGGGUGUGGGUGCGCCGGGGAGUGUGAGGAUGCCGAUGCCUGGCGGGCUUGAGGAUGAGGAGAGGGAUGGGAGGGAGAGGGGGCUGGAGAGGGGGUAUAGUUAUGAGAAGGUGGGUGGGAGGUCGGUUUAUAGGGAUGAGUAUGGACGGGAGACGAGUCCGCCGAAGGGGGGGAGGUAUGAGGAGGAUAGGUAUACGGUUGAUGUUAACAGGGGAGGGAGGGAGAGAGAUCGGGAACGUGAGAGAGAACGAGAGAGGGAGCGUGAGAGGGAAAGAGAAAGAGAUGCUCUACGGUACGAGGAGGAGAUACGUACAAAGAGUCAUUCUUUCAGUCUUUCGGCCGGGGGACAUAAGGUUGAAGGAGGUAUCAAUAUUGCCAAGAGAGAGAAGGAGAAGAAGAUUGAUCCGGCGUUGGCGUAUGGGAGUCCGCCUCAUGAGGUGUUGCAGGCUUAUGCGGAGCCUAAGAAAUUUGAGUAUUCUCAGCCCGAUGCGAACCUUACCUACACGAGGAAGACUGAGUAUGGUUCGAGGAAUCCGAGUCCUUCGAGAGCGUAUGGACGUGAUUCGAGAGACUAUAGGGAUUCUAGAGGUCCAAGAGACUCCCGAGAGCAUUUGCGAGACCCACGAGACCCGCGAGAUGGGAGGGAUCAUAGGGAUUCUAGACAUCAUGAACGUCAUGGGAGUUCCUCAUACGCUUCUGACUCUGCACGUUCAUCCAAAAACCACAUCGUUACCGUGGAACCUGGAUCUCGUCGUCGAGAUGCUUCGCCCAACCCUGCAGCCGGUCUGGCACCACGAAUGCACAGUCUCUCUGUAUCAACCGGUCAUCACAGUGCCUCAAUGUCUCUUGCCAACGUCCCUGGUUCGCCUCUUCUAGAAGCAUACCGCGGAACCUACCAAUCCAUCUCCCCCAUGCCGUCUCCGCUCCUCAUGGCCUCCCACUCCUCAGACAUAAACUACAUCGAAGCCAUUUCCCCCUUCAACUCGGACGACGAACGCCGUGGAGGCAAGAAAUCCCGUCGUACAGCACGUUUCCACGAUCCCGAGGAAGAAGCUGCCAUCCUGGCCAAAGCAUUGAAAGGCGAGAAACAUGCUCCGGAUACCAGGCCACUGAUUGAUAUCCUCCCCGGGUUGACACACGAACAAGUCCUUGAACUACGCGUGGAGUAUAAACGCAUUGUCAAGACGGGACAUGAUAAGAAGGGGGUUAAUAUCGCCAAACACAUCAAACUCCGUCUCAAGAGCGAGGAUUCUUCGCUCAUGAAAGCUUGUUAUGCCGUCGCUCUUGGACGCUGGGAAUCCGAGGCUUACUGGGCGAACUUCUGGUAUCAGGGUGAGAAGUCCCGACGCGAGUUACUCAUCGAAUCACUUAUGGGCCGUACCAAUCGCGAGAUCAAAGAGAUCAAAGCGGGCUUCUCGGAUAAGAAGUACUCGGAUAGUCUGACGAAGUGUAUGAAGACGGAGUUGAAAGAGGAUAAGUUCAAGAAAGCGGUCCUGCUGGUUCUCGAGGAGAAGAAGAUGGAGGAGGGACGGCAUGGGGUGGAUCGGAGACUGGUGGAGGAUGAUGUGCAUGAUUUGCAUGAUGCGGUGCGGAGUGAGAAGGGGGGCGAGACGAAGAUGAUUAAUAUUAUUGUGGUGAGGAGUGAUAGCCAUUUGCGAGAGGUUUUGAGGUCGUAUGAAGGUGUUUACCGCGCCAAUUUCGCGAGGGAAAUGCUUAAGAAAUCGGGGAAUCUUGUUGUAUGUCCCCUUUCCCCCCCAUUCCCAUUCCCAUUCCCUUUUCACCUCCCCCUCUCCCUUUUGUACAUAUCCACUAACCGAACCACCCAGGGCGAACUCCUAGCCCACAUCCUCAAUGGCAUCAUCAACAAACCCGUCCGCGACGCCCUCCUCGUGCACCACGCCCUCUCGCUCUCCUCCCGCGACGCCAUCCGCACCGAACUUCUGAUUUCUAGACUCGUAAGAUACCACUGGGAUCGGCCCCAUAUGGAGGCUGUGAAGAGGGAGUAUCGCGCGAGAUAUGGGGUCGAUAUGCAGGAUGCGGUCCGUGAGGGGACGAGAGGGGAGGUGGGCGCGUUUUGUGAGAUGCUUUGUGUGAGGAGGAUGGGGGAUGAGGUUAGGGAGGUGGGGAGGUAG